ACAGAACUAAUCUCCAUUUACCCGCGAGACGGCUCCUGCAAGUGCCUGGAGAUUGUCAGGAGCCCGGCCUUCGUAGUGAAUCUUGCUCGUUAUAACCAUCUGCGUGUUGUCGCCGUUGCUAUAUUGCUCACGUUUCCUGCUAGAGUAUUUCUAGCCCUGGUUGACCUCCGUUCUUCAAUUAUAUUUAAAGCACCAGCAUUAUCCAAAAAGAUUGCCUGAAGACAUACAUGGAGAAGCAAGAUGGACAAAUUUCAACAACGGAAGAAAUUCUCAAUCAUCCAUCAUACCUAGGCGCAAUAUGGAAGCUGGAGCCUCAUCAGAGCGGAUUGCUUCCCGUGGCGGGGGGAGGAACCAGGCCUCAGAAAAUUAGUUGGGAGGUUCAUGGCGAGGGCGAGAUCAAUGUUCUUGUGAGUGGAUAUCCGUUUCUCGUGACAGAAUUCAUAAACGGGACCGGCAGUUUAAAAAGCAUGUGGCAGCCACAAACCCUGUACUUUGGGCAUGAGCAUGGGGACAAGUACUCCGUCCUUCUGACGGAUACCCGCGGCAUGGGCGACUCUGACAAGCGUUUGGUGCGGUCGUCGACGUCCGAGAUGGCCAAAGACCUGCUCAAGGUUCUCGAAUACUUAGGAUGGUCCGGUUCGCGACAGCUCCACGUCGUGGGACUUAGUCUCGGCGGUAUGAUCGCGCAAGAGCUCGCCUGCAUGGUUCCCGACCGUAUUAGCACCCUAAAUCUCAUAUCCACUUCCGCGCAGCUUAUAAAUACGUCGAUGUUGAGCGAGAACAUGAUGGGCCGCAUAUCAAUGAUUCUUCCUAGGAGCAUCGACCGUAUUAUCGUGGACACGGCAGGCCAGAACUUUACUUCCUCCUGGCUUUCCGCUCCGGACGACGUACACCUGCCGGCAGCGGCAACACCGAAGUGUAUGCUACCGCCGAACGGGGCCUAUGGUAAAUUCGACACGAAUUUUCAGCGGUUCUCGGCACAGGAACUAGUCAAGCGCCAAGAUCAGGAACGGUUCGGCAAGGCUGGGCUUAUGCUGCAGGUGGUAGCGGUGGGGUUCCAUCGAAAGACGAGAGCGCAGCUGAAGGAGAUGGCGGAUCGGGUGGGGCGGGAGCGGAUACUAGUUGUGCAUGGGACGGAGGAUCACGUUAUCCCAGCGCCGCACGGGCAAAAGCUGAUCGAGUAUAUCGAGCCGUCGGUGGGGAUCAUGGCGGAGGGGCUAGGGCAUGGGCUGAUUGGCGAGCGGUGGGCAUGGAUUAAUGGGCUGCUGGAGGAAAGGUUUGCGGUUGGGGAGAAGUUGGGUCGGCGGGUGUAAAGCGAGCGAGCAAACGAGUUCUGGUCAAAUUCCCCCCCCUUUGCAAGUCACACGUUCUAUGAGUUAGUUUUAGCCUAGACCGCCGGCUCUCGGUAACUGCAUCAAUUUGUGCCUUGAGGAACGAAAGGGUCUUAGAGGACGGGCGCGGGGAAAAAAGAGGGGCUCAGCCAAAACCCACUGACACAAAAUUCACGUGAUCUGAGGCGUGACUUCGCGCGUGACUUGCAGCGUGACUUUU